CUCGCUGAUCGCGGGCUCGGCGGCAACAUGUCUGUGGCGUUCGCAGCCCCGAGGCAGCGGGGCAAGGGCGAGAUCACGCCCGCCGCCAUCCAGAAGAUGCUGGAUGAAAAUAACCAUCUUAUUCAGUGUAUAAUGGACUAUCAGAAUAAAGGGAAGGCCUCGGAGUGCUCUCAGUAUCAACAGAUAUUGCACACAAACCUGGUAUACCUUGCUACAAUAGCAGACUCUAAUCAAAAUAUGCAGUCUCUCUUACCAGCACCACCCACACAGAAUAUGCCUAUGGGUCCUGGAGGGAUGAGUCAGAGUGGCCCUCCACCCCCUCCCCGGUCUCACAGCAUGCCUUCAGAUGGAAUGGUGGGUGGGGGCCCUCCUGCACCACACAUGCAGAACCAGAUGAACGGCCAGAUGCCUGGGCCUAACCAUAUGCCAAUGCAGGGACCUGGACCCAAUCAGCUCAGCAUGACAAACAGCUCCAUGAAUAUGCCUUCAAGUAGCCACGGCUCCAUGGGAGGUUACAACCAUUCUGUGCCAUCGUCCCAGAGCAUGCCCGUGCAGAACCAGAUGACAAUGAGUCAGGGGCAGCCAAUGGGAAACUAUGGUCCCAGACCAAACAUGAAUAUGCAACCAAAUCAAGGUCCCAUGAUGCACCAGCAGCCUCCUUCUCAGCAGUACAGCAUGCCACCUGGAGGUGCACAGCAUUACCAAGGACAGCAGGCACCCAUGGGGCUGAUGGGUCAAGUUAACCAAGGCAGUCACAUGAUGGGCCAGAGACAGAUGCCUCCCUACAGACCUCCGCAACAGGGCCCACCACAGCAGUACUCAGGCCAGGAAGACUAUUAUGGGGACCAAUACAGUCAUGGUGGACAAGGUCCUCCAGAAGGCAUGAACCAGCAAUAUUACCCCGAUGGUCAUAAUGAUUACGGUUAUCAGCAACCGUCGUAUCCUGAACAAGGCUACGAUAGGCCUUAUGAGGAAUCCUCCCAACAUUACUACGAAGGAGGAAACUCACAGUAUGGCCAACAGCAAGAUGCUUAUCAAGGAGCGCCUCCACAGCAAGGGUACCCGGCCCAGCAGCAGCAGUACCCAGGGCAGCAGGGCUACCCAGGGCAGCAGCAGGGUUAUGGUCCUUCCCAGGGCGGUCCAGGCCCUCAGUAUCCUAAUUAUCCUCAGGGUCAAGGUCAGCAGUAUGGGGGCUAUAGACCAGCACAGCCAGGACCACCCCAGCCACCCCAGCAGAGGCCUUAUGGGUAUGACCAGGGACAAUAUGGGAACUACCAGCAGUAAAAAUAUCCUUACAUUCCAAUAGCCAGUACGUAUUAGUACCACAUUGUCACAACUCUGCACCGCGGACACCCCCUGGGAAGACUCCUUCCAUUCCAACUAGGUUUUGGAAAAACCUUUGGCUAAGUGGCUGCUUCAUCAGCAAGUAGCUUUUAUGUUUAGUUUGUAAAGGCUUUCGUAGCUGCCAGUGCACCUGAUUUCACAUCUCUACUCUAGAUGGCAACAUUGGACAGAAAAUGCAUUGACAUAAGGAAUUUGCAGCGAUUUCGGAACUGUGUUCCAAAUGGACUGUCACAGACUGAAAGGGGUGAACAGCUUUUUGUGUUCACGAAGGUUGAGGGGGUUUCAUACUUUUCCACAGAUUAUUUUGUAAGGGGAAGGGGGAAAUGUACACUUUUUACAGCAGCAAUAUUUUGUCUAUUAUGUUUAUUUCAUGUGAUAAAUAUGCAAAGCGGUACACUACACACUGGGCAGAAUCAGAUCCCCUGUUAAUGUGGAGUGUGGUAGAUGCUCUGAAGCCAGGAGAGGGGAGGCAGAAACCCACCACAGGCCCACCCGCUGUUAGUUAUCUACCAGAUUAACAAGGGCACUGUGAUACAGUUUUUGAGUACAAAGACAUUUUUUAAAAAGCCUUCCAGUUUUGUGCAUUAAAACCUUUUUGUAAAGAUGAUUUAUAAUACUGUUUUCAAAUGCAAGGCAAUAAUUAUGUUGCAUCUGUGAACUUUGGCAGGUUUGUGUGAAUGAAGAGGGAAGCGUCUCUUAAAACAGCAAUAACUGAAAAGGAGAAAGCGAUCAGGGAGCUUAGUACUGUCAGCAUGUUUGUAACCACUCAGAGAGGAGUCAGCAUUGAUCUCAUCUUACUGGUUUUUAACAUUAACAUCAUUGGUUCAUGGAGCAGAGAAGAGCAGUCCAGGCGACUUUACAUGCCUGUGUAUUAACUUUCUUAAUUGGGCAUUAGCAAAGGGGCACCUCUACGUUCCUCUCUCUUCAGCUUGGUUGAUAUAAGAGGAAAUGCUUAUGAUGGCGUGUCUGAUUCGUACUGGAAGCCUAGAGGUGGCAUUUUACGGUUUCUUGUUUUUUAAGCACAACAUACUUAAUCAUUAUUUGAGACUGAUUAUUUUAGCUAAAUUUGAGGAUAUGGCACCGGACAAGAAAACAUGUCCUGAGAGAUUUCUAGACACAUCUAUUUAUGCAUACUUUGAAAAUAUCUAGCCCAAAGGUAAGUUGCUGUGUCCUCACAGUUGUCUGCAUCCAGGGAAUAUGACUGACUAGAACACAUUCUUUGUAAUUGAAUUAGUUUUUGCCAUUUCUAACUGCAAACAGAACAGAAGGGGUGCCAUACAUUCAAAGAAGCAAAGCAUACUGUCCUCAACAUACUGUAAUGAAAAAAAGGGGUUUCAGUGUGUCUGUCUGAGAGUGUGUGUGUUUAAGGUCAGAGUAUAGGGUGUUCUUCAACUUGGUCAGUAGACAAUAGGCAUCAAGUGUGAACAGAUGAGGCAUGCAAAGCCUUCUUGUGACGGAGAUGCUUAUAAGUUCUGUGCCAGGUUCUCCACCACUGUGUACUUUAUUGCUAUUUAAAACUGUAUCAACUCUAACGAAAAUAAAUUAUUUGUGAUUUUAA